ACGCCUCACUCUCCUCCUCCACCUCCACCACCUGCUCCCACUUCACUUGGAAUUCGAAAUCCACACGAGCGCGGCGGCGGCGGCGGCGGCGAUGGCGAGCACCAUUAACGUGGCGUCGGCCACCUCGAGGUUCCUGCUGGCCGGCGGGAACGGCGGCAGCGGCGGCGGCGGGGCCAGCCGCGUGAGCUUCGCGGCGAACAGGGUCGGGAGGAGGAUGGUGGUGGUCCGCGCCGAGGAGGAGGCCGCGGCGCCGCCGCCGCCGCCGCCGCCCGCGGCGGAGGAGAAGCCGGCGGAGGCCGAGGCGGCCGUGGCGACCAAGGAGCCCGCCGCCGCCAAGCCGCCUCCCAUUGGCCCCAAGAGAGGCACCAAGGUGAAGAUCCUGAGGAGGGAGUCCUACUGGUACAACGGCACUGGCUCCGUCGUCACCGUUGAUCAGGAUCCCAACACUCGCUACCCGGUGGUGGUUCGGUUCGCCAAGGUGAACUACGCCGGCGUGUCGACCAACAACUACGCCCUGGACGAGAUCCAGGAGGUCAAAUGAUUUUAAUUCGGAUGGAUCGUCGUCGAGCUGGAGCUGCAAAGAAUCAUCUUAAAUUGAUCACGGAGUGAGGAGAGGAUGCAUGUCGUACAUGUGGAAGAAAUUAAUUAAGCUGCUUGAUCGAGCUUUGUGUGUAUUAGUGUAAUGGUGGUGGUUUCUUCUUUAUAAUCCGUAUAAUACUAUGUAAUUUGCCUGCCUCUGCUUCUUCCUCGUGGACUUGAUAAUCCCUUGCUUAUAACCGUUGUAUUCUUUCUUCUACGGCCAAAUUGUACAUGCACAUAAAUUUCCAUCAUUCUACGAA